AUGGUCCUUGGAAAUGCAGGCAUCUCGCGUCAGACAGAAGAUCGUUCAAGAAGGUCGAUGGUAGCCUGUAACCGCUGCCGUUCUAGAAAAACUCGCUGCGCCGGCAAUCCACCCCACCCUUGUGCAGCAUGCGCGGAUGCGGGCAAGAAUUGUGUAUAUUCAGAGGCUGAAAAGCGAGUCUCUAUAACGGAGAGCUAUUAUCGCCAACUACAAGCACAAGCUCCUGCGUCGCGAGAAGGUAGCCAUCCAACGCCGUCAAGUGAGCUAUCGAUAUCCAAUCGCUACUCUGAUGAGGUGCCACCAGAACGUGACGACUGGUGGUACAAAGGGACAGACAAUCUGUUCUUGAAUCGGUCGGGAGAACAUCAUUUCGUGGGUGCCUCGUCCACCACACAUCUCGCGAAACGGCUCAAUCCUAGCUCAACAAGCCUUGCAUGGGAUGUGCGCCCACUUUACGAUGACCCUUCGUCGUUGAGAAGAGCAGUUGGCGGCUCAUUACCUCAAUUACCACCUUUUGAGUUUGCCAAGCGACUAUUCUGGGUGCAAUACGCUUACAUCGGUACCAUCUUCUCCCUUAUCAAACCCUUGGAGUUUGAAGAACGGCUCGAUCUAGUUUAUCACCAACCACUGGACUUUGCGCACCGUGAGUCUUGCCUAGUAUACUGUCAGAUACUGUUAGUUAUUUCCUUUGGUUUGAUGUACAGUGUGAAUCAGUGGAUUGGCGAGGAAGGUCCUCCUGGCUUCAAGUAUUUCAAGCAUGCGUUACGUUUUUUGCCAGAUAUCCACGAAGAGGGUUCGAUUCUCUUCGUUGAGGUGCUAUGUUACGUGGCAUACUAUAUGCAGAAUCUGAACAGGCGGGACGCUGCCUUCCUCUACAUCGGACUUGCUCUGCGCAUGGCUAUCUCCCUAGGCCUACAUCAAGAGGUGUCUGAUCCAUCGAUAAGUGAAUCAGUUCGCAACCGUCGACGUCGGGCUUGGUGGUCUGUCUACAGCUUGGACCGAUUGCUCUCUGUCAAGUCUGGUAAUCCUAUUACAAUUCAUGAUGGAGAUAUUGGGAUAACUUGGCCCACAGAUGUGGGUGGAUCAACCUUCGAUGGAUGGCCAUCAACCGUUCUUACCCAUUAUACACAACUAUCCCGUAUAUUGGGACGAAUUGGGGAAGAAAUCUACAGAAAGAAACCUGGCUCUGGAUCCAACCUCGUUGCUUCUGUCCAGAGUAUAACAAAUGACCUUUCUGCCUGGCUGCGACAAGUACCAGACCGGCUCCGCGUUGACUUCGCUACACUUGAUACCCAUAUCAAUCGAGAGUCUGUCUCAAUCAACCUGCACUUCUACUCAUGUGUGAACAUGACUGCGCGGCCGUUGGUCUUCUAUGUCAUCCAAAGGCGACUCGACGCGGAAGCCCUUGGAUCCACAACAGAAGAUUGGAAAGAAGGGCUUGCUCCUAACACUGUCGCCGUCAUUGACAGCUGUAUCACGGCAGCGCGAGCAACCACUAUGAUCAUGGAUGCAGCUGCAAAACAUAAUCUCAUUGGUACGCGACUGCAAUACAACCCCAUUUCUUUUGUCACGAAAUCAUCUGAUCAAAAGGAACUUUUAGCUACAUAUGGAUACCUCGAUGGCGAAUAUAUCUUCUCCGCUGCACUACUGCUAGUCAUGGUGAACGCCGCGUUUCCGCCUAAUGAAACCAGCGCCCGAGCCAUGGAGACCGCACUGAACCUUCUUCGCGGGAUGGCAGAUCGAGGAAAUACAUAUUUGGACUCGCGUCACUCAUUACUGUUGGAAUUGUGGGCAGCCAUUGGACCUAGACGUGCUGAAGAAAAGGAUACCGAUGCGGCAAGUUCUCUUGCUGCAGGUCAAAAGGGCCCGGUGACGCCGAUGACCGAAAACGGCGCAAAUCCAUCAGAUGAUGUUCCAGAUCCGAUUGCAGAGCUAGCAGCUUCACAAGUGCAUACUCGUAACUGGCCGCAGCAGCCAGAUAUCCCUUCUUUCCGGGAUAUUGCCUUCCAGUUCGACCUAAACGAUGAUCCGGCACUCUGGGAAGGGGCUUUGGAUCAAAUCGACAUUGACAUGGACACUGACUGGAUUGAAAACACUUUAAAGCGAUGA